UGUCGUUCUUUAGAACAACCGGCAGAGAGUCACUUUUCCUGGAUCCCGCAGGGUGAGAGAGGGCUCCUCGAAAGAGGAGCCGUCUGUGGGGCCAAGAGAACGGGGGCCAUGCCUUUGCCACGUCCCCUACGGAAUCCCCGCGAGGGGCGGGGAGAGGAGUUGUCCUGUAAGCGAAGACGCUGGACUGAACGAAGGCCUGGUUUCUCUCUUCGCGCGUCCCGUGGAAAGAGGGAGUCAUUCAGAGUUGGAAGAAUCCCGCUCUCUUCCCCGGAAGGCUGGCCCUUCCCGUCGCGUCUCGCUCCCAGGCUGGCCAGAGCGCUGCCUCUCGCGGAGAUGAGCUCCCUUCCCGAUGGGCGGAGUUGGCGCUCUUCCUGCCCGCCCUGCCCUGAUUUUGGGACGGGGACCAGCCCGGCCGGGCGCUCUGCGCUUUCCUGAGAAGCAUGGAUAAGGGUUCCUGCCCCACCAGCCCCGCUGCCAGCCUCCAGGAAGGCCCCUUCAGCUGCCCCAUCUGCUUAGACGCUCUGAGGGACCCGGUCACCACCCCUUGCGGCCACAACUUCUGCCUGAGCUGUAUCGGAGUGCACAGGCACCACCCGGCGCCGGGGGGCGCCACGGGAGCCGGGGGCCAGAGCGCCGCUAGGUGCCCUCUGUGCCAGGAACCCUUCCCGGCGGACCUCCAGCUCCGGAAGAACCACACCCUGGCCGAGCUGCUGCAGCUCCGGCAGCCGGCCUCGAGUAGUCCGCGCGUGGCCAUGUCCCCCGAGGAGCCGCCCGAGCCGUGCGCUUCGGAGAGGUCCCCCCGCCGGCCCGAGGGCCCAGAUGCCCAGCCAGAGGCGGUGCUGUGCGACUUCUGCACCGGGGGGGAGCGCGCCAGGGCGGCGCAGUCCUGCCUCGUCUGCCUCGCGUCCUUCUGCGCUCCCCACCUGCAGCCUCAUCUCAAAAGUCCCGCUUUCCAAGGCCACCGGCUGGCGCCGCCCUUGCGGCACAUCGAGGAGAGCCUCUGCAAGCUGCACCUGAAGCCCUUGGAGAGCUUCUGCCGGACGGAUCAGAGCUGCAUCUGCCACCUGUGCAGGGCCCAGGAGCACCGGAGCCAUGAGGUCGUGGCGGUCGAGGUGGCGCGGGAGCAAGUGGAGGCCCAGCGGCCAAAACUUCUAAGUAAUGUUGAGAAUCAGAUGGACGAACUUGGAGUCUCCAUUGCACAAACAAGGAAGAUGGUAGAUCUUAUCAAAGGCACUGCUCAGAAAGAGAAAGAGAAGGUCGGCAAACAGUUUGCUGAGACAGCCAGAGUCCUUGCAGCCUUCCAGAAGGAAGUCCUUGGGUUCAUUGAGGAUGGUGAAAGAGCUAUUCUGGGUGAAGCAAAGGAGGAGCUGCGGCAGAAGGAAGAGAAGCGGACCCAGCUGAUUGAGUACAGGCAGAACUUGGAGACAGUCCCCAGCACUGACACCAUCUCUUUCCUGCAGGAGUUCCAGGCACUGAAAACAGCAAUGGAGGAAAAAACCUUCCCAUCUACAAGCUUCCCGAAAGAGCUGAGCUUUAUCAAAUCCAGCCAGUCUGUGUCUGCCAUGAAGGAGCAGCUAGUGAACAUUUGCAAGAACCAAUGGGAUCAGCUCUCAGGGAAGGGAGAUGAAGUACCUGUAUUUUAUGGGAUGCCAGAAGUGACUACUGAAUCCCAGAUUUCAGAAAAAAGCGGCAGCCCUGCUUGUUUGGAAUCACGGGACUAUUUCCUCAAAUUUGCGUUCAUCAUAGAUCUGGACAGUGAUACAGCUGAUAAAUUCCUUCAACUUUUUGGAACAAAGGGUGCAAAACGUGUGCUGAAUCCCAUCGCCUACCCUGAGAGCCCAACAAGGUUCAUCAACUGUGAGCAGGUGCUGGGAGAGAAUGUAAUGAACCGUGGCAACUAUUACUGGGAAGUGGAGAUCAUUGAUGGCUGGGUUAGCAUUGGUAUCAUCGCAGAAGAUUUCAGCCCCCGGGAGUCAUAUGACAGGGGCCGCCUGGGUAGGAAUGAGAAGUCCUGCUGUCUGCAGUGGAAUGGACAGAGCUAUGUUGCCUGGUUUGGUGGUUUUGAUUGUGUGAUACAACAGCCUUUCUUUCAUACCAUUGGGGUGUACUUGGAAUAUUCAGAGAAAGCGCUGACAUUCUAUGGAGUCAAAGAUUCCAAGACGACGUGCCUACAACAGUUCAAAGUUGCCCGCUUCAAAAAGGGCCACUUUGAUCCCUUUCAGAAUAAGAUCAACCACCAGUUUCCAUCACUAUUUACACACAACCUCAAACCAGCUUUUUUCCUUGAAAGUGUUGAUGCCCACAUGCAGCUUGGGCCUUUAAAGAAAGACUGUGUUUCAGUGCUGAAGCGAAGCGGGGAUACCAGACAACCUGUUAGAUUGAACCAGACAAUCUAUUGGAUUUUCUGCAUCUCUAGCAUAUUAUGAGCUACCAAUUAAUUAUCGGUCUUAAUUAAAAAAUAACGACAGCAUUUCCAUUCUGCAAGCACACAAAGAUAAAAUAAAACUUCGCUAGUUUUGAGUCAGAAUUUAUUUUUACUAUUUGAUCCCCCCCCCCAAUAACAUUCCUUGAAGAUAAUAACUGAGUUAUGCAACUAUUGAUGUACCUCAUUAACCCCAUGGUCUUGGUAUUAAAGAUUUCUAUAAGUAUAAUGCCUACUUGCCACAAGAUAAAUUCUAUUAUGUACUGUAUGUUGUUUAAAAAAUAUGACUCAGAUUCAUCAUGAGGUGUCUACUGCAAAUUCAGCUUGUCCCUUUCAUUUGGGCAGGAAGGCGUAAGGCGCACACAACAAAAAACAGUGAUGUCAUUUUAGUUGUUUUCUUCUUCUGCCAGUGGAAAUAGCAACAGUGCAAUGGCUCACAUGACCAAAAAAGGGCCAUUAUUAAUCAGUAUUAUUAUAUUAUAGUUUGGCCUUCUUUUCUUUCAGCCAGUUUCUAAAAUACAUUUUCUCAGGCUGCAAUCCUGCAGACACUUAUCUGUGAGUAAGCCACACUGAACACAGUGGAACUUAUUUCUAGAAGUAGGAGUUACAGCUGGCUAUGUAUACUUAAUGACAGCAACCCUAUACCUUCCUUUACUGCUGGUUAUUGUACUGUAAUAGCACUGCACAUUCUGUGGCCUGGAUCCAUAUAUACCAGGGCAGUUCCACUUAUGCAGGAGAUGCGGAUAAUUUUGGCCUGUUCUUCCUCCUCAGUUCAGCCCUCUUUCCAAAGGUCCUGCCAAUCCUCAGGAACAACUUUCCAGGAGCUGGAGCAAGUAGGGUAAUGUACCAAAGAUCUUUUCAUGGGUCUUUGGACCCAAGCUGCUGUUCUUAAAGCUUUGGGGGAUAAACUGGAAUUAUUAGGAUUUUCACACUGAACCAAACCUGACUAUUAAUUGUGCCAUCAUAAGUAACAAAAACAUAAACCCACUAUGUUUGUUUCCAUAGAUAAGACUGUACUGUUGUUAAUUUACCUGAGCUGUUUUCCCCUACUUUUUGAGUGGUGGCUCCCUGUCUGCUUUGUUUUUUCCUCCAAAACACAAUUACUGUGUAGUCUUUUAAAGUGUCCGAGAAAAUAAGGAAAAAUUAGUGUGCCUCUGUCAUUAAACAAUAUUCAGACCCAAUAUUUCUCUUUCUUCACAAGCCAGGACUAAAUCUGCUUUGUACCGCAUUUAGUGCUUCUACCAGUCCAUUAUAGGCAACCAUGCACCAUAGACAGCAAUUAUUAAGAUUACAGCUUAACUCAU